AUGUGUGCCAGAAGGCUCAAUUAUGCCGGCGGUGAUAAUUUGCCCCUCUAUGCCACGCCCGAAGAAUCCAUGAAAGCCAGCCAGAGACGAGAAGAAGACGAACAAAGGAGACGCGUCAAGAAAUAUGAGCGCCUGCCGCCCAUUCACCAAUCUGCCAGACAACAUUCGGCCCCUCCAGUGCCCAUCCCUGGGCAACGUCCCUUUAACCCCUCUUUCAAUGUCGCAGCCGCGCAAUCCAUGCCACAAAUUCCACAAGCACGCUACGCUCCUUCACAAAUAACUCAAAUGGGCCCUGCAGCUGUUCGUUAUAGUUCAAUGCCACAACAACAGUUGCAGCAGCCCGUGACACGGGCUCCGAGAUCCAGGCCGGUGCCUGCAGCCGUACAAAGUCCAACACAAACGAUGGACCCAAACCGUUCUCGGACUUCUUUAGACAGCGAUCCGCUACAGGACUCCAAGGACAUGCAGAUCGCCACGCAAUUGUUUCACAAUCACGACGUCAAGCAGCGAGGCAGACUCACAGCCGAAGAACUUCAAAAUCUUUUACAAAACGACGACAACACCCAUUUCUGUAUAUCAUCCGUCGAUGCACUGAUCAACUUGUUUGGGGCCUCGAGGUUCGGCACAGUGAACCUUAACGAAUUUGUGUCUCUGUACAGGCGAGUUAAGAAAUGGCGUAAGAUCUAUGUGGACAACGACAUAAAUAGCAGUUUCACAAUCAGCGCCAGUGAAUUUCACAACAGUUUGCAGGAACUGGGCUACUUGGUGCCCUUCGAUGUGAGCGAAAACCUUUUCGAUCAGUACUCGGAGUUUAUCGAUCCUGCCAAGAAUGGCAAAGAGCUCAAGUUCGACCGGUUUGUAGAGACUCUGGUGUGGUUGAUGCGGUUAACCAAGAUGUUUCGGAAGUUUGAUACAAACCAGGAGGGUAUUGCAGCGGUGCCUUACAAGGACUUCAUAGACGUGACACUGUAUUUGGGUCGAUUCCUGCCGCACUAA